UUAUCCAAAACAUCGGUUACACGUUCCCAUCUUCAAAUUCCAUUCCGAACACGAAAAUAAAAAGGAGAACAAAAAAUGUCUUUGACCCAAGAAUCUCUUUUGUCUUUUUUGCUGGAGCGCGGAGGCAAAGUGAAGAACUCUGAGCUGGUGAACCACUUCAGGAGACAGAUCCACGGCGGCGAUCCGGCGGAGAAGCAGCACAACAGGGACCUCUUCAAGAAGUUGGUGAACAGCGUCGCGGUGGUGAAGCAGAUCGACGGGGUGAAGUUUGUGGUCGCGAAGAAGAGGUACCAGGACUUCGUGAAGGAGGCGGCGCGGGAUGGCGCGCAGGGAACGCGGGUGGACGACGGCCCCUCGACCGGGUCCCCGGUUCCUCGACCUCGUCCCGGAGCGGAUUCCACCCCCGUUAAAGUCCUGAAUGUCCCCGCAGAUCAGGCGGGCAGAGCGCGGGCAUCCGGAGCCGUGUUCGCCGUGGUAGCAGUCAAAUCCCCCCCGCGGGACCCCGCGCCAGGUACACAGACCGGGUCACGUCCCCGAGGGCGUCCCGACCUGUGGUCAGACGAACCAAUCACGUCGGUGACCAACGCUUCACCACCACCGGUGCCGACUCGGAACCCCGACCGCCCAGCGUGCAGUAAGGGGUCACCGAGUGACCCUCAGUGUGGGAAAAACCCAACGACAGACACGCAAACCCCAGGUUUGAGGCCACAAAACCGGAGAGAGGAGGCAAAGUACUCGGAGUCAGUGCCCCUGGAGCCGUUGGCCCACGAGUGGUUGGUAAAGUGUGCAGCCGGACUGUGGGGGCAAAUCUAUGGUUUGCUGCUGCAGGACACUCGGUUGGCGCAGAAGAAAGACUUCAUGUCGGGCUUCACGGCGCUGCACUGGGCUGCAAAGAACGGCAACAGCGAGAUGAUACACAAGCUGGUGGACACCCCGAGGAGAAGAGGCACUUAUGUUGACAUCAACAGCAAAGCACACGGGGGGUACACGCCGCUGCACAUCGCGGCCAUGCACGGCCACGGCAAGGUCGCGGCGCUGCUGGUGCAAAGCUAUGGAGCCAACGUGCACGAGAGGGAUCACGACGGCAAGAAGGCCUCCCAUUACCUCGGCGACGCUGCGUCAGCUGAGGUCAGAGCUCUUGUGGGAGGACUGCAGCCCCGCGAGAAGACAGAGUCUGAUGAAGACAGAGAGCACGCGAAGGGCUUCAACACCAUCAGUAAACUGUUCCAGCCUCACAAGAAACAAAAGACAACAGCUAAAUGUGCUCAUGACGGCUUCCCGCUGGUCGGAGCUUCUCUGGCUGCCCCGAAUCCGCUGCACAGCCUGGAGGACUUCACCUACCCGUACGGCAGUAUCUUCUCCCCGCUGCUGAAGGCCCUGGCGGAGCACGGAGGGUCCAGGUGGAACCCCGAACUGAAGAGAAAGAUGAAGCCCGAGCACAAGUACAUGAAUUAUCUGACGCAGGUUUACAAGACGUCCUCCCGAGUGCAGAGGAGUUUGGACGCGGAUCAAAUCUACAACACCGUCCGACUCAUCAAGCCGCGAGAUGAAUGUCUUGCAGAAAGUAAUAAAGGGGACUUCAUGCAGGAUCUUUCCUACAGUCUUGACCAAGUAAGAGGAAAGGAACAGCUUCUGAAGUCUGCCCUGCUGUACAAUUUUGACCGCGCUGCACCUGUCAACUCUGUGUGCUACCUGAGUCUUGGGGAGCCGGAGAACGCGAACCAGUGUCCACUGUGUCCCGAGGUCCGUCACUCUGUGAACUUCACCGUCGGCACAGACUCCACGAGCAGGAGGAACUGGGUGGAGGUCGACGUCACCUUCUUUCUCCGGCCUCUCUUGAAGUUUCAGAAGAAGAAUUUGCGCCUGCUCAUCAACGUCACCUGUCCAGGGGAGCAAAGAGCCAUCGAUGAGGGGCGCAAAGCCCCGCUGAAGUACACCCUGAGGUCCCCUCUCCUACUUCUUUACCUCCACGACACCAGCAGAAUAGCCCACCCGCAGCUCCCAGCCGAUGCCAAAGCGGGCCGAAGGCCAGACACUGUGGCCACCGCGUAUAACGAGCAGAUGGUCAUCAAACAGGAGCAGAGCGUGGGGCGAAAGCGGAGAUGGAAGAGGGAAUCACGAAAGAGCAAGCAAGGCGAUAAAGGUCUGGAUAUCCAGCUGCCGGAGCUUCUUCCGAGCUCUGAAUUUCAGACAAGCGACUGUGCCUUGUAUGAUUUCAGGGUGCGAUUCAGCCAGCUCAAACUGGAUCACUGGAUUGUUUUCCCACCAAAGUACAACCCGAGGUACUGCAGAGGCAUCUGCCCGAGGACCAUAGGCUUCUUCUACGGCUCACCUGUGCAUACCAUGGUGCAAAACAUCAUCUAUGAGAAACUGGACUCGUCUGUGCCCAGGCCCUCGUGCAUUCCCUCCCAUUACAGCCCCCUGAGUGUCAUGAUCUUUGAAGAGGAUGGCUCCUAUGUCUACAAGGAGUUUGAAGACAUGGUGGCCACCAGAUGCACAUGCCGCUAAGCCAAAGAAGUCUGGGCUUUUCAUUUUUCUCUUUUCCUUUUUUUCCCAGGCUGAAUAGAACAUCACCACAAACCUCCUCAACCGUCACCAAAGGUGGGCUCUAUCCAAGUUUUGGAUAGUCUGAACAGGCACAGUGAUUCCAUGAAUAUAUCAAAUUGUUGUUUGUGGAUGAAGUUUGAUCUGGAGCAGGUGUGGUUACUUAAUCAAGUUUGUUUACUUAAACAAAGUAUUUUAUCCUUGUGAAACUAUUUUUUCUUUUUUGUUAAGGUGUGACAAGAAAGGAUGUGAACGGAUCCUAUUCUUUGACUUACUGCAACAUAGUAUUUAAUGUGACGCACUUGAAGAAAGAUUAGUGUAUGAGUUUCUAUUUUAAGUUUAACUCUUAAGUUUAAGUUAUAUUUUUGUUAAUUUAUUUUGCGUCGCUGGUCUUGUCAUUAUUCUAUUAUACAAUUGCUAAGUUUUAGUAGCCCUGUUCUGGACAAGAGAUGAAUAAAAGCGGUCACAAACUCUGGUGACCGCUUGACCUUAGACGUGUCAUUUUCUUCUCUGGGAUUAGAGACAACUGUCUAAAUGGCAGCCGACUACAUGAAGUUGUCAUGGGUUCAGUGUAUUUAUUACUUGUGGUCACUGCGUGACUCAAUAGGUAUAAAUUGAGCACAUACCUAUGAAUUUGUACUGGUUGAAUGUGACUAAAUGCAUUUCACGUCUAUUUAUGCAAAUUGAAUGAAUUCACUGAAAAACUAUAUGUAGACUUGUCUGAGAAGUUGGAAAAUAAAAUAACAUGCAUAAAUGUUUGAAAGUGCAUAAUUAUUUAAAUCAUACAGAUUAUAAAAGACUGAUUUAGACCCACUUUUAACCCCGAUGUCUAGAUAU